AUGAAAAUAGAUGACUGCGCAUAAAAAGAAAAUACAAAGAUGAAAAAUUACACUAAGGAUACAUCUGAUACUAAAAAAAAUAAGAUUUCUAAAAGAAUAAUUUUAUCUUUACUUUAGAUUACUAAGAGAAUUUUAGAACUUUAUUUAACUUAAUAAUUGAUAAUUGAAAAUUAACUUGCUUUCGACUCAAUAUUAUGGAUAAUUCUAAUUUUAAUAUAAUUUUCCUAUAAUAUAAUUAUGGUAGCUGCAAUAAUAUGCAAUUACAAAACCUAUUUUUAAUCAUACACUAGACUUACGAAGAAUUCUAUUAUUGUUUUAAGCUUAUUAGAUCUUGAAUCUCUAUAUCAAAUAAUAUAUUAUUAGAAAACAUAGUAAGAGCAAUGUAGAUUUUUGGUUUUAAUUCAGCAAAAAAUGAACUUUAUUAACAAUAUAAGCGUCCUGUAUAUGUGCUUAUUUGUUUAUUUGUUUGGCCUCAAUCAGAGAAUCAUUUAUUUAAAGGAUAUUAUCCUUCUACUGGUCUAUUUCUUUAUACUCUAUAUUUAGUUCAAAACACUUGGAGAGUAAAUACGUAUUUUGCAGAUUUUCUACAUAGGAGCUAUGAUUGAAGUUGAUUUCUUUUUCAACAAAAAUAAUCUUACAAAUAGCCUUAUAUUUAUUGAAUUCAUUGUUGUAUUAAUUCUAAUUUUAGUAUGCAUUUUGAUAAUGUUAAAGCAACAAAAUUACUUGCAUGCAUUUGCUUCAAGAUAUAUGAUUAAAGAAUCCUUAAGAAUUUUAUUUUUUAAACCAGCAGUUAUUGUUAAAGAUUUUAAAUAUUUGUAAUCUCCUUCACUUCCAGAGCUAAUAAAUCUUUACAUCUAUAAAAUCAAAUUUAAGCACUUAGGGUAUACUUGGAGAAUAAUAGAAAAUGUUAUAAUUUCAACUUAUUUAAUAUUUUAGAUGAACUAACUUAAAGGCAAACCAUAAGUUAUAAUUAUUCCUUCUUAAAUUUCUGUUGGAGAAUUUCAUUUGAUGCUUAAUUUAGUCAUAUGUGCUCUUUCUUACGCCUACACAUUCAGUUUACUUUUUAAAACUUUUAAAAUAGUUAAGUUUAUUCCUUCAUUAUCUAAUGAAGUUAUUUUAGAAUUAGAGGAUUUAAAAACAAGUUAAAUUAGAUCUGAUAAAUUUUAAAAUUACUAUUGGACACCUAGCUCUGACUUAGAUACAAAUAUAUUAGACUUAAGAAAAUAAACUUUUAAAAGUGAAAAAAUCAGUAGCAAGGUUCCAAAAAUGUCUGAAUUACUAUAAGAAAAACCUAUUUAAUCAGAAUAAUAAAUAAAGCAUGCUUAAUUUAUCAAGCAGUAACAAAAAUUAUAACCAUUUAAAAAUAUCACAAAAAACCCAAAAAAUAAAAAAGUAACUGAUGAUAAUUAACUUUCUUGCUCUUAAUCUUUAAUAAAAGAGAGCAAUAAGCAUUUAGUAAAAUUUUAUAGCCACAAUGGCAGUUUUAACUAAUAAAUGAAGAUGAUCUAAGAUGAAAACUGUGAAAAUAAUAAUAAUAAAAUGAAAAUCGAAUUGUCUUAAUAGAUAAAUGAAUAAAAAAACAAAUCCAUAAACAUCCCUCUUUAAAACAACAAAUAUUUUAAGAAUAUUAAAUAAUAAAACAUUUUCUUGAAGUAAUAAAAAAAUAAAAUAAAUAAUACACAAAUUGCAUCCAAAACAAAUAUUUAAAGAUAAAAUAUUCUGCAAGAAGAAUAAAUAAAAAAUAUAUAAUAAAGUAAUAAUUAUAUAGAUAGUAGUUAAAUUAAACUAUAAAACCAAGAAAGUACAAAUAAAACUGAACCUUCAAAUAUCUUAUUUUUCAAAAAUUAAUCAAACACUGCAUCUAACCAAACAAAAAAUCACAUUAUCUUACUAACCAACUAUAAUGAUGAUAGUGUUCUUGAUAUUAUUUAAAAAAAUUGA